UUCCCUAGACGAGCACAAAAUGGCUGCCUAAUCUAAACUGUGUGUAACUCAGUGAGAGUGCCCGUAAAGCUAUACUUUGCAGCUCCUGAGACCAUAACAGAGGCAUUUCCAGCUGAGAAACACCUUCAGCUGUCAAGAAGCAUGGCAGCCAGCAAGGCUCCUCAGCUUCAUCGGAGUGUGAUGUCUGAGCCUAGGGGCAAUGCUGUACCCAGGUACAACUUUACCCAGCCCAUGGAUGACUUCCUUUUCAACUUGAUAGGUGGUGAGAAGGAGGAGAGCAAGCCAAAUAAUUACUACAAUUGGAAACCAAGUUCCACAUUUGCUGAGCAACCUUCAACUGUUGUUCGUAGUAAAAAGUCCAAGAACAAGGAGAGGGAACAAAACAUCUCUGUGAAGGCUGAUACGCAAGGUGCUGCUAUGAUGAGUAAUGGUCCCUCCCGCCGUCGCACACCAGCAACCUACCCAAGAACACAACAUGUUAGUUCCCUUUUAGACAGAGAGGAGCUGGAGAAUCUCCGUCAACAGCUGACUUACAGUGAUGUUGAUGAUCAAAGCACAGACAGCCAAGCUUUGGGUUCAGUUAGCAUUGCUAAUAGAGUGAACAACAUGAGACUAGGUGAUGAUGUAGCAUCCAUCGAAAGUGGCACCAGAAGACCUCCCUCUUUACUGGAUACUAUCUUCGUCAAUGAGAAGCCUGAUCGAAACAAGAUUGUAGCCAGACUCAUGCAAAUAAGGGAUUAUGUGAAACAGGCCAAUGCCAUGAUGUCUACCCUACAGAACUCUAUAGAGAGUCCAGAGAAGGACGACCAGGUGGGCAAACUAAGCCGGCUCCAGGAACACCUCCAGGAGCAAGAAAGAGGUUACUUGGCUCUGCUGGAGCGUAUGCUGGCUGAGGAGCUCAGCUUAGCUGGCUCUAUCUCUGGGAUGGAGUCAUCGGUCACAAGUAAUGAUCUCAAUGGCUUGGAUGCAGCUGUUGAAGGCAGGAGCAGUCAGAACUCUGGAGAAUCCUUUGCAACAUCUGUAGCAGAAUCAGCAUCAAUCAACCUAGAUGCACGUUCAGAUAUUUCAGAGGCUACUACCGAGGGUACUUUCACAGCUCGCACCCGUCCCAAAAUUGAAAGCCACCUUGGCAAUCACUCAUGCGCAAGCGACAACGAUAUCAGCGAUUCCGAGCUGGAUGACAUUCGGUCAGUCAGUAGCUACGCCAGUGGUUCCUUUGGCUUGGACACCCAAGAGCUUCAUGAACAGUACAGCUCCAUGCUACAGAAGUACCAGGAUGGGGGUGAAGAAAACCUGAGCGCUGCCAUGGAAAGGAUUACCCUAUCUAGGAAUGAAGGACAGGAUGAGAGCACAUCUUCUCAAAUGUCUUCCAAUUCUUCAUACAGCUUUCAGGAGGGCCAACAGACAAAGCAAAAUGUCUCUGAGCAGAUAGAGACCCUCGAAGGAUUAAGGAAGCAACAUGAUCUAUUACGGAAGAUGCUUAAACAGCAGGAAGAGCUGAGAACACUUCAGAACAGACAAACAGCAUUGAUGACCUUACAAACUCAGAUUGAGAGCAGAUUGACAAACUCAGAGCAGGAAAGAGCAGAAGAAACAGGUUCUGUCACUAGUACUCAGGCAACUACAACGACUGCCGGCACCUCUGUCACUGAGGACACCGAGCCGCUAAUGACAACAGCUGGUCGGUUUGCAACAGGUGUUCCUCUGACGGCCGAAGACCUUCAGGAGAGACGUAGAACUCUGAUGCGUAUGCUAGCUGAACAGAGUGAUACAAGAUCAGGAGAGAUCCAGCAGGCUAGGGCUCUCGACUGGAUGGAACAGGCAGAGGAGGAGGUUAGUCCACCAUUGGUAUCAUCAGAGCAUGCAGAAUUGAGAGAUAAACUAGAAGCUUUACAGCAGAAGAAGAGACAGAUGGAUGAUCUUCUUAUACAGCUCCAUGCUCUUCAUCCUGAUAUGGCUAAUAUGGUCGGUGAUACAUCAAGCGUAGCAUCUACCACUUCAAAUGCCAAUGAAUACAGCGGUUUGAUGGUGCCGUGUGAAGAACCUAACGAGUCAUUGGAUGAAAAUGAAGCCACUCUUACCAAUGGAACAGAAAGCAUCAGAAAAUUGCACGAUGUAAGGGAGAGGCUUACAGAGCUCCGUGAUCUAGUACAGCAAUACCAGGAUACAAGUCAGGUAUUAGGUGACCAGGAUGAAGAUUCGCAACGCAAACAGCAAAUGCAGCAGUUGGGACUAGGGGCCAAUUAUGAGGAUCCUGUUCUUAUGAGCAAUCUAAGGAGAUUAGAGAGAGGUGAACCUGUAGGAAGACCUGUCCAGAUGAGGCCAAAUCAUAUGUCAUAUGGUGGAGAUAGUGCCUAUGUACAGGUUGGUUCAGGUCAGACCACCACUACAGUGACGGAGACCGAGACUGAGACGGAGACAGAGACGGAGAGUAACCACAGCUCCAUACUAGCUGCAUGGGGUGAUGAUCCAGAAAUCAAAGAGAAAGUCAGGAAACUUCAAGAGGCAAAGCAUAAGUUACGCCAACUCCAGUCACUUGUGGCCAUGGUACAACAGACCCCUGAAGUGGCUUCAGCCUUGCCCGAUGACCUGGCUGAGCUGGCUGCAGGCCUUACAGCUGGCCUUACUGCAGACUACUCAGAAUCAAACAAUGAAGACGACGAUGAAGAUGAGGAAGACGACGAGGACGAGGAGGACGAAACGGAAGAGGGGGAUGAAACGGUGGAGGAGAGUGGGAGUGAACUUCCUAUGGCAGGUGCUACAGGCGACCACAGGAUGCCAAAUAGAGAUGAACAGAUUCCUGAAGAGUUUGUCAGGGAAACAAGGGAAGCCUAUUAUGAGGCUAAGAUGAAUCAGCAGAGACGGGAGCUUCAGAAUCUAAUGUCUGAGAGACAUCGACUCUUGGGUGUCCAACAGCAGCUCAAGGAACUCAAUGAGAAUCUCCCUCCUGUCAGAAAGCAACCUGCCAAACCUGGGGUGACAUCGGUAAACAUCAUCCCACCAACUAAGAGAGAUGCAUCAACUAAUGUCCAAUCUGUGGCUACGCCCAGUCGUGAGGAAGUCUACUCUGAGAUGAGGAGAAAUCGAGCUCUUCAAGAUGAACUGAGAGAGAAGAAGAGUGAGCUCUCUGACCUACUACACAUUGUCAAAAUGAACAGAGAGAGGUUACGUGAUGGAUCUGAGUAUCCUCUUCAGACAGACUUAGCCGGGUAUGACAAUGAUUUAUUCAGGGAAUUAUUGCUUGAUGCCGGCAGAUUGAGUAUGCGUAGCGCUGACAUCACAGCAGCUGCCACAUGGGGUGGAUCAACGCAGGUGAGCGAGGAUGAAGGAUUAGAAGAUGGAUAUCCUAGCGAUGGCAUCUUACAGGUGGAGGAAGAGGAGGAGGAGCAGAGUAUUGAUACCUCAGAUACGUACACCAUUGAGUCGGGCGAUAAGCCCCCCAGCAGGAGAAGAAAAGCCCUACCUUACCCAGGAGUGAAGAGAGUGACCAUGGAAGAUGAUGGUGAGACAUCAUCUAUGGAUGCAGCUAGGCAUGGUAUUAGAUAUCCUAAGCACAUCAACUCAGCUUUAGAUAGGCAGAGUCAUCUCAGGCAGGAGAACAUCCGUUCAGCCGAGGAGCUUGUGUCUGAUGGCUAUGAAGAUCCCUCUAUGGAUGACCCUACUGUCCAGGCUCUACAAGGUCACAUCGGGCAGCUGCAGAGACAGCUAUCUAACAGCAUGGGAAUGUGUCAGUCACUUAUCUCAGAUCAACAAUCAAUGAGCAACCUACUGUCAGGAUCUCUUAAUGCUGGUCAUGGUGGUUUACAGCCCACCCCCACACCUCCCAACCCCUUUGUUCCUCCUGGAGAAGGUCACCUAGAUGACCUUGUCCAGAACUACGAUCUUCGCAUGCAGCACCAGCAACUAAUGCUAAACUUGAACAGUGCCUACACCCAGCUCUAUCAGCAGCAGAAUCAGAUCCAGGGACUGCGUAGCCAGCUGGAGGAGAGACACUCAGAAGCUUCCUUUGAUGUAGGAAGAGGAGGCCAAGGCGGCAUGGCAUCUACCAAUACCAAUAGCAAUAACAAUGCCCCACCUAUGUACAGGAAUCAAGCCAGACCCAUGGGCAUGGGAUACCCAGGUCAGGCCCCAUCCUUUGGGAGAUCCCCUGGUAUGGGACCUGAAGCAAUGUACGGUCCUCCUCCAUAUAAUCGUGGCAUGCCAUUCAACGUGAAUCCUACAUUCCCACCUGGCUUUGCUCAACCGAGUCCAGGCAACUACCCCUCACCCUAUGCAAACCCCUACGCCUCCAACAACCUGAAUGAAGGUGGCUCUGCUGGUCAAAGGGACACCUACAACCCCUAUGCCCGCCAGCCCCCUCACCCUCAGCAGAGGUACGGUGGUAAUGCAGCCUCCUACCACGUCCCACCCAACACAGCUCAAGUCAGCAACGAUGAUGAUGAGUUUGAAACUGCCUACCUGAAUGGUGCUAUAAGCAGCAAGCAGAUGAAGAUGAUGGGAGGGUACACUCUAGACAGUGGGAUUGGAGACAUCAAUGAUCUUUUGGCAAGGGAACCCACAGAGUCGAGGGAAGAGAUUGCUGUACCUCCACUAGAUAUUACCAGCCUUCUUAAAAGAACAGACCAGCAGAGGAGACUUCGAGAUGAGUUGGGUAGUCAGAGAUCAAAUACAUCAUCCAACAGAAGAGGCAAGCACCCAAUGCCAAGCAGUGCAUCCCAAGCCAGAGCACAGCUAUCAAGCCAGUCCACCCAGCCCAGCGCCCGUCUGGCCAAGCUUCUAGGACCCAAGAUGGGUACCGGUCUGAGUUCCUCCAUCAGUGGGACUGCCUUCCUGGACACAGCGAGCAUUACAAGCACAGUGUCCAUGUCUAGUCUACCUGGUGACAGUGAUAGGGGUAACAAUGGAGCAAAGUCAAAGGGCAAAGGGCAACAGAAGCGGCAGCAACAGAUACAGCAAGACACUGAUCGAUCAAUUAUGUCACAGACAAGUGAACUUGAGUCUGAUGCUGGGAGUGAGUUCUCUCUCUUUGAAGCUCUACGUGAGUCCAUCUACUCAGAAGUGGCAUCACUCAUCUCACAGAACGAGACGAGACCGCACUUCCUCAUUGAGCUGUUCCGUGAGCUUCAGAUGCUCAAUACAGACUACCUCAGACAGAGGGCGCUUUACGCCCUGCAAGACCUUGUCUCCAAGUACCUCACUGAUGACAACAACACAAACGCUUCAGCAUCCGAGGCCCCCACGCUACCAUCAGAGAGGCCAAUGCCAGCAUGGAUGAACUUUGCAGGAUCGGAGCAAACUCCAAGUGAGAGCUUUAUUACAUCAGAUGAAGAAGAAAUCAAGGCGCGUCUGUUUGGUGCUAAUCUGCAGAAGCCCCACGAGUCGUCCUAUGCCUUACUGGAAGAUGAUCAGUAUGAUUACAUUGAGAAUGUAGACUCUGCUAGUACACUCUCCACACCUCCAUCAUUAGGACGAGCAGAGUUUGGCUUUGCCAAUGAAGACCUGGGGAACACUGUCAUUCAUCUUGAUAAGGCACUCAAGCGGAUGAGAGAAUACGAGAGGAUGAAGGCAGAGGUUGAGGCAGCUUCAGGAAUCAGCUCAAUAGAUAAUACCAAGGAAGGAGGUGCUAUGUCUGCCUCGGAUAUGACUAGUAAUAGCUCAGCUCAAGACAUGGGUAGUGAAAGCUCCUUCUCUGACCUGCCGUACCCUCGCAUUGACACCCGUCAGCUGGACCUGCAGAUCAAAGGCAUCAUGCAGGAGGUUAUUCCCUAUCUCAAGGAACACAUGGACGAUGUGUGCUCUCCACAGCUACUGGCCUACAUCAGACGUCUGGUGCUAGGUCUGGCAAGGCAAAAGGAUGAAAGCAGGGAGUUUGUCCGCUUCUUCAACAGGCAGUUGGGCUCCAUCCUGGAAGACUCUCUGGCUAAGUUCUCUGGUAGAAAGAUGCGUGAGUGUGGAGAGGACUUGCUGGUAGAUAUCUCUGAGAUCCUCUUCAAUGAGCUAGCUUUCUUCAGGCUUAUGCAGGACCUUGAUACAGCUGGUAACAAACUCAAACAAGAAGCAGCCAAACGAGAUGAAGAUGAUGACGACGAUGAUGAGGAGGAGGAUGAAGAUGAUGAUGAUGAGGAUGAGGAGGAGCAAACAGAAACAGGGACUGAGACUGGUACAGCUCAAGAUCAAGCUACUGGAGAAGGAGAAAGCAGUUCUGAUGACGAGUCUUCAUCCGAUGAAGAAGAUACUGUGCAGCAGCAGAGUCAUCCAGCUGGCAGGCAGCAGCAGCAGCAGGGUGGUGAUGGGUCUGGUGGUGGAGGAGCUAUGAUGGAAGAUGAACUAGAGAGUGCUAUGGCAGUAGCUUCUAGGUUUGAAGAGGAAGAACUAGGAAAUACGAGAGAUGAUAUGUUUUCUACACAAGUGGACAUCAGUGAUAGAGAAGAAGACAGUGAGCCACAGGGUGUGGAUCAUUUACAGAUUGAGCUGUCCAUGAGUGAAUCAAAAGGAGUCACAUACAUUGGUAGUGGUGAAGAGGAAGAUGACCCUGACAGUCUAGGAGAAGCUGUGGAAGAGACAAUCACAAGCAUUGGAGCUGCUAAUGCUGAUGGAGAAAUUGAUAGUGUGGAUGAUACAACGAUGAGCACAGAGAUCCCAGUGGAAUCAGAUGCUAGUCAGAAGGAGAACAUCUCUAGACAGGAGAGUCUGGAGAAGGAUCCAGCUCCGGCUCCAGUCCCUGAGUCCAAUGAGACUAAUGAGACUCCAGAGUCCCAGGAGACCCAGGAGACUCCAGAGUCCAGUGAGACUCCAGAGGCUACCACCCCACAGGCCACGGUGGGUGAGAACAACAAUGAGGAACUCACUGUGGAUGAUCUGCCUCCAAAGCUCACUGUCAUUACACAGAAUUCUCUUGACAACCAGAUGAUGAAGGAGCAGACCAAUACAGAUGGAGUGCAGGCAGUCCUGGAGACUAUGGUAGAAGGAGAAGCUCAGCUGGCUGGAGACCCUAUGGCCUUGAGCGCUCCUGAAGGAGCCCCGGUGGAGAACGGUAUCAUUGGAGGCACCCCUGGAGAGAUAGGAUCAGAGUGAACUUGAGAUGAAACUGAAGAAAUGAAAUGCCUUGACAAGGCUGUGCUGCAAGCCAUGCUGUAG